AUGUCCAAACGACAGCACUCCGGGCGGGAGUCUUGUUCCGUUUCACGGGGUAAUGGACUGCCCAUCGCGACGAACCCAAUCCGCCCUUACCAAGAAGAUGCUUGGGACGAAGAUGGUUACCAGUCCUUCGACGCCACUCACUAUGCCCUCAAAUCCGUCAACCACUCUAUCGAACGACGCCUGUCGAAGCUGCAAGCCAACACCACACGCCUUAAACGUGAGCUGUGGCUGCUUCAGCGACAUGUCAAGGAAUUCCGUCAUCCUCUCUUCGAAGUCUGGGAAGCCGACAUGCUCACCCGGCUGAUCGAGGUUGCAAACGCCCAUCAGAACCGAAAGCUACCGGGGGCCGUCGUGCUUGGGCAUUCAAGCUUCACAGAACGUGAGCAACUCACGCAUGCGCUCAGUAUUGCGGCGAAAGGGAUCCGUCAACCCACACUGUCGAAGCUUGGUCUCGGCGAGAAGUAUCGUCAGGCCCUGCAACGAUAUUCAGAGGUCAGUCACUGUUAUGCUCACGUUGAAUGGACUUCACCAGAACCCUCCUUAACAUCAAACCAGGUUGCUCCCUAUCGAAGCACGAGUCCUUUCCAGACAGAGUUCGCCUUUGCCAAGUGGCUGGUCGAGGAACAGGAGGACAGACCAGAGCUGUACACAUUUUGGUCCAAGCUUUUCCCUGUCUGCUACGACCGCAGCGUCCAAGAGAGUGCCUCCAUCUUCUGA